AUGGUGGGAAAUGGUCCACGAGUCGCGAAACGAUCUCUGAAUGCCUGCACGCGGUGUCGCAGGCAAAAGAUCAAGUGUUCCGGAUCCCAGCCUUGCGACGGCUGUAAUAAGCGCAAGCUCACGUGCAUAUUUGAUGAUCGGGAUCAGAAGAUACUGGUCACCAAAGGGUAUAUCGAUGAGCUGCUGCAAAAGAUAGCGAAUUUCCAACAAAGUGACCUGUCGAACCCCAGUCCUCUGAGCCCAGAAUAUACGGAGGAAAGAUCCCCUGAUCUCAAAGACCUAAAUGAUAUAUCAGACAUUGCCAAGUCCACCUCCAACGAUCACGAUGAGUUUCAUCAUGAGCUAGAGGAUCCAGCAUCAGGGUUAACAAACCCUCUAUCCACUGGGCCCCCCACGUUCAUGUCUGCAGAGAACGGAAGAACGUUCUAUUUAGGAACAUCAUCAAACUGGUCAUUCACCCGCCGAGUCCUGAGUCUAACCCACGAACGCAUAUACCAAGAGGCUCUUCCCACAGGGGCGUUGCUGUUUGAUGGAACGACGUACGAUCUCGGCUGGGAUGGUCUGCGUAGGCCGCAGGACCCAGAAAUUGCGGCCGUUCCCACAUUUGACCACGCACUAUAUCUCAUCAAUGCCGUGAAAUUUCGCUGCGGGCAGCUUUACCACCUCUUUGACGAGAAUGACUUUAUGAGGAAUUUACACGAAUUUUAUGCGGGGUCUCAGCCCAAUGCAACAGCAAGCUUGUGGUAUAUCCACUUUCUGCUGAUCCUGGCGUUUGGCAAAGGUUUCGUUCAACACAAACUGCAAGGAAAUAGACCUGCGGGCGCCGAAUUCUUCGUCAAGGCACUUCAGUUGCUACCAGACGUUAGUAUUCUUCACCAAGAGCCAAUCGAGUCGAUAGAAAUCUUCUGUUGCGUCGCGCUGUAUUUGCAAGCCUUGGACUGCCGCUCAUCGGCACAUAAUUAUAUUGGACAAGCUAUGCGGAUGGCAAUGGCCGAGGGUCUUCACACCCAAAUGCCGAUCGAAUAUCUCGGAGAAAGCUUUGUGCAGAGAUGCCGCAAAAUCUGGUGGACUGUAUACAUUCUGGAUCGCGAGAUGACUUCCCUAAUGGGACUUCCUCAGUCCCUGAAUGAUGACCACGUGAAUGCACUACUUCCCACAUUUCCCGGUUCCAGACAAAAGACCGCCGGAAUCGAUAUGCAGAUCAAACUGUCUCGAAUUAUUGCAGAAAUAAAUAGCUCUGUUUAUGCCAUUGAUGGACGCUUGAACCGGAACUUUCUGCUUCGGACAAAGGCGGCUUUAGCCAAUAUUGCUCGUCUGGCCGAUGAACUCCGUGUUAGCUUUCCACUGCACCUAGAGCGAUCGAUGAACGGGGUUUCCAGAACAUCUGCAUAUCUUCACCUUCUCUAUCACCAGUGCAUUGUGCUUGCGACCCGACCACUUCUUUUCUGUUUCUUGAAGAUUCGAUUUGAAUCACCGGAAAAUUGCUCCGAUGCACUGCAUAAUUCACGCAGUGUUCGAAAUUUGAUCCAAAUGUGCAUGGAAUCCUCUCAACAGAUGAUCAGCAUCCUCCGGAGCCUUCAAUCAGAAGGUCUCCUCGAAACUUUCCUUCCAUUUGACCUGGAGUCCAUCUUCGUCUCAACCGUCGUCCUUCUCAUGGGGCCUGCGAUCGACAUCCGAUGGAACUACCCAAUGUGGCUAGAAAAAGCCUACGCGAUAUUCGAAGAGAUCAUCGAAAAUGGAAACUUGAUUGCCAAGUUUCGGCGAUCUGAGCUGCAGCUCCUGGACGAACUACUAAGCUGCUUCCCCGACGACCAACCCAGAUGCUUAUCUGCACCGGUCUCCUUCCCCAAUGAUGUCCUCAAUCCACCAGCUGGGCCUUUGGCGAGCUCUUUCCCGCCGUCCACCCAUGCUCUCAGUCAUGGCAUGUUGUCUGAUCCUGGUGUUACGAUGGAAAACGCUGGUGCUUUUACCAGAGGGUUGACAACGGCACAAAUCAUGGCUGUCGCCGAUUCUAUUGAGAGUAUUGAUACAGAGUGGAUGUCCAAUGCGAUGAUUGAGCACAGUAUUUGGUAA